GUUCCACGGUCGCUGUUGUAAAGCCCAGUGCUGUCCGUGCUGCCUGCCCGGCUUUUGUCCUUAAAGCUGAAGACUCACAGCGUCAAACAAGCAGUAUCUCAAAAUGAAACGCGUCUGGUUCAUAGGCCUCCUUUUCGCACUUCUAGCCUUUGCUGCUGUGAGGGCUGAGGAUGAAGUUGAUGUGGAUGGAACAGUGGAAGAUGAUUUGGGGAAGAGCAGGGAUGGCUCCAGAACAGACGACGAAGUGGUUCAGAGAGAAGAGGAGGCUAUCCAGCUGGAUGGGUUGAACGCAGCUCAGAUCAAGGAACUCAGGGAAAAGUCUGAAAAACAUGCCUUUCAGGCUGAAGUCAAUCGAAUGAUGAAGCUCAUUAUCAACUCUCUUUACAAGAACAAGGAGAUUUUCCUCAGGGAGCUGAUUUCUAAUGCUUCCGAUGCUCUGGAUAAGAUCCGCUUGUUGUCUCUCACCAAUGAAGAAGUGAUGUCCACCAAUGAAGAACUGACCAUCAAGAUAAAAUCUGAUAAGGACAAGAACAUGCUCCACAUCACCGACACUGGUAUUGGAAUGACCAAGGAGGAGCUGGUGAAGAACUUGGGUACAAUCGCCAAGUCUGGCACCAGCGAGUUCCUCAACAAGAUGACAGAGAUGCAGUCUGAGGGCCAGUCGACAUCGGAGCUGAUCGGACAGUUCGGUGUGGGUUUUUACUCUGCUUUCCUUGUUGCUGACAAGGUCAUUGUCGCAUCCAAGCACAAUAAUGACACUCAGCACAUCUGGGAGUCUGACUCGAAUGAGUUCUCGGUCAUCGAGGACCCCCGCGGGGACACACUGGGCAGAGGAACCACCAUUUCACUAGUCCUUAAGGAAGAGGCCUCAGACUUCCUGGAGCUGGAGACCAUCAAGAAUCUGGUCAGGAAAUAUUCCCAGUUCAUCAACUUCCCCAUCUAUGUUUGGGCAAGCAAGACUGAGACGGUUGAAGAGCCCAUUGAGGAAGAUGCAGCAGAACCAGAGAAAGAGGCGUCUGAGGAUGAGGCUGAAGUCGAGGAAGAGGAUGAAGACAAAGACAAGCCAAAGACCAAAAAGGUUGAGAAGACCGUGUGGGACUGGGAGCUGAUGAACGACAUCAAGCCCAUCUGGCAGAGACCAGCCAAGGAAGUUGAGGAGGACGAGUACAAAGCGUUCUACAAAACCUUCUCUAAGGACAACGAUGACCCGAUAAGUCACAUCCACUUCACCGCUGAGGGCGAGGUUACCUUCAAGUCCAUCCUGUUUAUUCCCACGUCAGCCCCUCGUGGCCUGUUUGACGAGUACGGCUCCAAAAAGAACGAUUACAUCAAGCUGUUUGUCAGAAGAGUUUUCAUCACAGACGACUUCAACGACAUGAUGCCCAAGUACCUGAACUUUGUCAAGGGAGUGGUCGACUCUGAUGACCUUCCUUUGAACGUGUCCAGAGAAACUCUGCAGCAGCACAAACUGCUCAAGGUUAUUCGCAAGAAACUUGUCCGUAAAACUUUGGACAUGAUCAAGAAGAUUGCAGAGGAACAGUACAAUGAGAAGUUCUGGAAGGAGUUUGGAACCAACAUUAAACUCGGUGUCAUUGAGGAUCACUCCAACAGGACCCGUCUGGCCAAGCUGCUCCGCUUCCAGACCUCGCACAGCGACACCGUCCUGUCCAGCCUGGAGCAGUAUGUGGAGCGCAUGAAGGAGAAGCAGGACAAGAUCUACUUCAUGGCUGGCACCAGCAAGAAGGAGGCUGAGUCUUCUCCUUUUGUCGAGAGGCUGCUGAAGAAAGGUUACGAGGUGAUCUACCUGACCGAGCCCGUGGAUGAGUACUGCAUUCAGGCGCUGCCUGAGUUCGAUGGCAAACGCUUCCAGAAUGUGGCUAAAGAGGGUGUCAAAUUUGAGGAGAGUGAAAAGGCCAAGGAGAGGAGGGAAGCUCAGGAGAAGGAGUUUGAGCCUCUCACCACCUGGCUGAAGGAGAAAUCUCUGAAGGACAAGAUUGAGAAGGCGGUUCUUUCUCAGAGGUUGACAGAUUCUCCAUGCGCUUUGGUUGCCAGUCAGUACGGUUGGUCAGGAAACAUGGAGAGGAUUAUGAAGGCACAAGCUUACCAGACGGGCAAAGACAUUUCCACAAGUUAUUACGCCAGUCAAAAGAAAACACUAGAAAUCAACCCCAAACAUCCUCUGAUCAAGCAGAUGCUCAGCAGAGUCACUGCUGAUGCUGAGGACCAGACUGCAUCAGAUCUUGCAGUGGUUCUCUUUGAGACGGCCACGCUGCGCUCAGGAUACCAGCUCGCUGACACAAAAUCUUACGGAGACAGAAUAGAGCGAAUGCUCCGACUGAGCAUGAACAUACCUCUGGACGAACAGAUUGAAGAAGAACCUGAAGAAGAGCCGGAGGAACCAGCUGAGGAGGACUCUGAAGAUAAAGAGGAAGUUGUAGAUGAAGAAGACGAUGAAACGACGACAAAAAAAGAUGAACUGUGAAGCACUGAGUGGGAGAACGUGUAACGGAGCAGGGACCUGUCCUGUUCCAGUGUGGCCGACGUCCUGAAGUUGGGUUUAUUUUUAAGGCGGAUGUUUGUUUUAUUUUAUUUUUUUUACAUUCCCCAUGACUGUAAAUUUGUUAAUAUUUAACUGAACUGUUUACGAAA